AUGUUUACCACAAAAUUCGCGCUAUCUGUACUACUGCUGAUGAGCAGCGUCUUUGCAGUCUUCGCACACGAUACCUCAUCGAGCAGCGUUGCGCCGGUCGCAACUCCGAGGACGAUGUUUGCUGCUGGCUAUGACGGCUGGGUCCGAAGCGUGGCUCUGGACACUGAUGGCACCAAUUUCACCCUCACAGAAAUCAACAAGACAAACGGCUGUCAGACGAACCCUUCAUGGCUAGCUCUGCAGAGGGACCAAGAACGACUAUGGUGUCUCGAUGAAGGCUGGGUGACUGGCAAUGGCACACUGAACAGUUUCGAUAUCGAAGACGAUGGGGCGAGCUUGGUCCAGACUCAGCGUCGCAACGUUUCCGCGAGCCCCGUGCAAAGCACCUUCUUCAGUUCUGGUGACGAGCUUGUGAUUGCUCAAUACGGUGGUCCGCCGAACUCGACCAUACGCGGGGGUCUGACAUUUCACGAUGUCAACAAUGAUGGUGCUCUUCGAGGCGCUCUCAAUCUCACCUUCGAGGCCCUCGAGCAGCCAGGCCCAGCACCUGGUCAAGACGUGCCUAGGGGUCACGGCGUCAUUCUUAAUCCGACUGGUCAGUGGCUUGUCGUGACCGACUAUGGCGCUGACAAGAUCCGGACGUUCACGGUCCAAAACUCAAUUGUCUACAAAGGCAUCGAGCUGGAAACACCGCCUGGUUCAGCCCCGCGUCAUGCCAAGUUCGGGAAGAUCGGCACAAACGAUUAUCUGUUCGUUGUGUCAGAGAACGCCAACACGAUCACAACGUACAACGUCAGCUACUCUGGAGGACUGCUUCAUCUUACCCCUCCCAGUCGUGUCAUCGACACAUUCGGCGGCAAAGCUAGUGCGGAGGUCCUUAAGAAAGCUAAGGCCUCUGAAAUCCAGAUUUCCCUGGACAACAAGUUCCUGAUGGUGACAAAUCGAAUGGACAAUUCUUUUCCGGAAUCCGACUCACUGGCCAACUAUCGCAUAAACGCGGAUGGAAGCCUAGCUUUCUUACAGCUGGUCCCAGUCGGAGGGCUGAGCCCAAGGCAGUUCACCCUGAAUAAGGCAGGUGAUCUGGUUCUUGUGGCUGCGACUGCAUCAGAAACAAUCACUGUGUUGCAGAGAGAUCCAGCACGGGCCUGA